UCUGAGAUUGGUCACGGGGAGGGGAAAGAAGGAGAGAGACAGAGACUGAGUGCAUGCUGUAUCCUGGGACCCUGUUUACUUAACAUUCCUAGCCGAGGAAGCCCUGGUUUAAAUAGGAUUGCGGAUGCAGCCUGACCGUAUGAGAUGAGGAAAUGAUUAUUGUGGGAUUUUAGAAAUUCCUUUGUUUAAAUCCUUAGCGUGGAUUAUGAGAAUGCAGAAUGCCUUUCCUUUUGGGCCUGCGGCAGGACAAAGAAACCUGCAUAGGAAUCAACAAUCAGAGUUAUAUCUGCGAAACAGGCCACUGCUGUGGACAGUCUCAGUGCUGCAAUUACUAUUAUGAGCUCUGGUGGUUCUGGCUAGUGUGGACGAUCAUCAUCAUACUGAGCUGCUGUUGUGUCUGCCAUCACAGACGUGCCAAACACAGACUUCAGGCACAACAACGGCAGCAUGAAAUUAACCUGAUUGCCUAUCGUGAAGCUCAUAACUACUCCACCCUGCCAUUUUAUUUCCGAUUUUUGCCAAAUUAUUUACUACCUCCCUAUGAGGAAGUGGUGAAUCGACCUCCGACCCCUCCCCCACCAUAUAGUGCCUUACAUCAGCAAUGCAUCCAGCCUGGUAAUGGCAAUGCAGCACCGGACACAAGAAACCUUCAGCCGGCCCAGGCAGGCCCUCUGUCGGGAGCAGGAAGCAAUAAUGGAAACACAGACAGCACUGCCUCCCCCAGCAUCAGGGAUCCUGAGUCCUCCACCCCGCUAGUUGAGCGAUCAACCACCAAAGCAACAAGUGGCGAGCCAAGGAACUCCAACAGCGGGGCAGAAUUAGAAGAGACGCCUGACCGUUCAUCCUGUCCUGAUAAGGAGUCGGAGUGCAAAGAGGAACUGCUUAAGGAUUACAACUCUGAAAGCUUAGACCACAACAGCGCCUUCUCCGAUGCUAAAGACAAGACACCAGGCAGACACCGACGGUUCACCGGUGACUCAGGCAUUGAAAUCUGCAUCUGUAACCAAGGUCACCAUGACGGUGAUCUCAAGGAGUUGGAUGGGUUCAUUGAUGAUGGGCCCAUGGACUUCUGCGAUAGCUGCAGUAGCCGCCCUCCACAUGGAGAUGAAGAAGAAGGGCUUUUCAAUGCCUCGGAGGAGCAGCACCGAGAGCAUAACCAUCACCACCUCCCCCGGCAGCCUGUGUGUGUGCUUCUGAACACCAUAAAUGAGCAGGACUCCCCAAACUGUCAUGCCAAUACAUCCCCUAGCUAAAAUGGCAAAGUCAGAAGGGAAGCUCUGCAAAAGGAUAAACAUGACUUCAACCAAAAACAAGUUGGUUCACCUUUUUCUUCAAGUGUAACUAUGGGAAUAACCCUGAAUCUAUGGAGGAAGGGGCAGAAGCAUCUAAGGGUUUUUUUUUCUUUUCUAAAUUGCCUCCCCUCUCCUCCAUCUGGUUAGGAGCUUAAGAUUUAGUGUGCGAGUGUGUGUGUGUGUGUGUGUGUGUGUGUGCGCGCGCGCGCACACACACACACACAUACACACACACACACACACACACACACACACACACACACACACACACACUUUCCUAUUACUGAUUUUGGUGAUGGUUUAUUUGGUUGGAUGUCUUAAAAGUUUUCAAGGCCUGCUUUAUUUUAUGAUCAGACUGACUUAAUCUGGCCCUGUGAGAACAAGGAGUACUCAUGUAUCUCCUCCCUAUCCUGCCUUCCCAGGUGUCUUCCCAGAGGCCAGUGGCAUUUGAUGGCCCUGGCAGUCUGUCAAGUUAGUGCUGUUGAGGGGUUGAAAUAAAUCCCCAGAGGUGGUGUGGAUGGGUUUCGUUCCUUUUUUCCCCUUCUCUCUCUUUUUUUUUAAAGUGAUACAGUGCUGUAAUCUCUGGUGCAUUUUUGGUUAUAGCAGCCUGUAAGAAAUGUUUUCCUCAUGAAGCUGUAUAGGACCAGUUUCUUCCAAAAACAAAACAUAUCCCCCCCCCACUAGUCUAAAACAUAAGGUUUAUGCAAAAGGGGGGUGCAGACCCCUUUCAUUGUUGCCUUUUAUUUAUUAUGUUUAAGGCAAAUGUAUUCCUUCAACCGAUGCCUCUAAAGGGCAUGGCUAUGAGUUGAGACGUCUGGCAGAGCAGUUGCCUUCUCCAGUACUGUGGUCUCUAAAUUACAUCUAACUGGUGUGCUGCAAUGCCAAAAGAGCAGGGGCUUCGCAACUUUAGGCCAGCACGCUAUUUAAAACGGCAAAGGAAAACAAAACCACACACACACACACAGAGAACAGGGCUGUCUUUUUGGCCAGCGUGCCUUCAGGUUUCAGCGAUGCUUCUUGAACAAAUGGAGAACUCCGUCCAUUGCAGAAGGAUGACUUGCAGCAUCAAUGUGGAAGACCUGUGCAGUAUUUUCUCUUCUCUCUUUCCUUUCCUUUUUUUUUUUUUUUUUAAGUCAGCGUGAUUUUAACAAGUGACCACUUAAAAGAACUGAGUGUCUGUGUUUCUCUUUGGUAGCGGCAACAGGCUACUGUAUAACGUCUGUGGGUGUGUAUGUGUGUCUGACUGCAGUACAUGCAUGUGUGUGUUUCCUACUGGUGAUAUGAAACUUGCUGCUGUAAGACUGCAAAAAAAAAAAAGACUGUUGCUUUGCUUUAACCAAACAGUGGACCUUUUGUUGGAUACAACCCCAAGGGGGAAGGGGGGAAAAACCCAAACAGCUGAACUAACAUUCCCUGGAGCGUUCCUGUGGAAGAGAGCAAGCCGUGGUUUCUAUACUAAGUGUGAUGGAGUUUUGCUUUUGUUUCCCCCUUCCUCUCUUUCUUUAAUUACGGUUGUCUGGGUCAUUUAUUGUCAUAAAAACGACUUUCAGAUUUGAUUUGCUUGAAACCAAAAUCAGUUUGAAAUAUGGUGUAAGCCCAAAUAUAAUGCCUUUUUUCUGAUA